AUGGAGCUUGGGCGUGGAUUUGCCAUCCCCGUCGGGCAGGGAGCAGGAAAGCGAUCUUGCUCCGCCCCCGCGAUGUAGGGACCCGGUUGAUAAUUCUGGGGCUGCAAACUGUCCCCGUCCUUUUCCUUAUUGCCCCGGCGCAGCAACUCUUGCUCCACUCCGGAUUGUUCUCCCGCCUGCUCGUUUGACUGCCUGGGAAGGUCUUCCGCUUGCUGCCACUCAGAGCUGCGCAUGUCAGUCUGGGAAGUGGAGCAGCCGGGGGUGCUGAAUUUUAGGCCUUUCUUGGGCUCCCAGACGGUUAUUUUUAGCUCCGCCGUUCCAGGGGGCUUUGCAGAAGCUGCAGCAGCAGUCGAAUCCAGCUACUUCGGAGCUGCGGUGCAGGAAAAGUGCUAUGCACAGGCGGGUGCUUGGCUCCUGGCUACCCGCUGCCCCCCUCCUUGUCGUCUCUAGGAAAUCCCAGAGGGCCUCAUCCUUCCCUUGUUAUGUGUGGCUGUUAUGGCAUCCAAAAAGAUGCCCCCCAAAAAGGGAGGUGAUGGAAUCAAACCGCAUCCAAUCAUUGGAAGAUUUGGGACAUCUCUGAAAAUUGGCAUUGUUGGGUUGCCAAAUGUUGGGAAAUCUACAUUUUUCAAUGUGUUAACCAAGAGUCAAGCUGCAGCGGAGAAUUUCCCUUUCUGCACUAUUGAUCCAAACGAGAGCAGAGUACCUGUGCCAGACGACAGAUUUGAUUUCCUUUGCCAGUACCAUAAGCCACCAAGCAAAAUUCCAGCCUUUCUGAAUGUCGUGGAUAUUGCUGGCCUUGUGAAAGGAGCUCAUGCUGGACAGGGUCUUGGAAAUGCUUUUUUAUCGCACAUUAGUGCCUGCGAUGGGAUCUUUCAUCUAUUGCGAUCAUUUGAUGAUGACGAUAUCACGCACAUUGAAGGAAGUGUUGAACCAGUUCGUGACAUUGAAAUAAUACAUGAGGAGCUUAGGCUAAAAGAUGAGGAAAUGAUCAUGCCCAUUAUAGACAAACUUGAAAAAGUGGCUGUGCGAGGAGGUGACAAGAAAUUAAAACCUGAAUAUGAUAUAAUGUGCAAAAUCAAAAGCUGGGUAAUAGAUGAAAAAAAGCCAGUCCGUUUCUAUCAUGAUUGGAACGACAAAGAGAUCGAUGUGCUGAACAAAUACUUGUUUUUAACUUCAAAACCAAUGAUCUAUUUGGUUAACCUUUCCGAAAAAGACUACAUUAGGAAGAAAAACAAAUGGUUGAUAAAAAUUAAAGAGUGGGUGGACAAGCAUGACCCAGGUGCCUUGGUCAUUCCUUUUAGUGGGGCCUUGGAACUCAAGUUGCAAGAAAUGAGUGCUGAGGAGAAACAGAAGUAUCUGGAAGAGAACAUGACACAAAGUGCUUUACCAAAGAUCAUUAAGGCUGGGUACGCAGCACUCCAACUAGAAUACUUUUUCACUGCAGGCCCCGAUGAAGUGCGUGCAUGGACCAUCAGGAAAGGGACGAAGGCUCCUCAGGCAGCAGGGAAGAUUCACACUGAUUUUGAAAAGGGAUUCAUUAUGGCUGAAGUAAUGAAAUUUGAAGAUUUUAAAGAAGGAGGCUCAGAAGCAGCUGUCAAGGCUGCUGGAAAAUACAGACAGCAAGGAAGAAAUUACGUAGCCGAAGAUGGAGAUAUUAUCUUCUUUAAAUUUAACACACCUCAACAGCCGAAGAAGAAAUGAGUUACCAGAUUUGUUCGUUGCUCAGAAUUAAACUCUGUUACUUUAAAAAAAAGCAUACGAGUUUUUAUUUAGAUAGGGAUACGGGGGUGGUGGGGAUGGAUACCGUGUGUGUAUACUGAAGGACAGAUAAUGCCCACCAAUGAAAUCCCUCUUUGUUUUGUUUUGAAUUAAAUGAUGGCACUUUUAGUGAACGUACAAGUUCACGUUAAAUGUGAACCAGCUCUGCCUCUCAGAAAACGAUUAAGACUACUCCAAAAUCGCAGGAGCUUUUCAGGAACCAUAUUACUCUCAUGAUACUUCAUUAAUCUCCAUCAUAUAUGCCAAGCCUGACGUGUUUGACAGUAGGGACAAUGUGGCUUGCUCCUUUUUUGAAUCUACAGAUAAUGCAUGUUUUACAGUACUCCAGAUGUCUACACUCAAUAAAACAUUUGACAAAACCA